AUGUAUGCGACAGCCCAUACAAUUAAACAACAACAACAACAACAACAACAACAUCCACCACCACCUUUAAACGGUGGACUACAUGCAAGUGGGGCUCCUCCAAAUUCCCAUGAAGCAGCAGCUAUUGCUCAGCAACAACAACAACAGCAGCAACACCACAAUGGUCCUGGUAUGAUUGUUGCCGCAGCUGCAGCUUCUGCUAACCAACAAGCUGUCCAAGCCAGAGCCCAACAACAACAACAGCAGCAACAACAGCGAUUACCUAGUUCAGCUGCUCUUAAUGAAACUACAGUAUCAACUUGGUUAGCCAUUGGUUCAUUAGCCGAGAGUUUAGGUGACAUUGAACGUGCGACAGCUUCUUACAAUUCCGCUUUGAGACAUUCACCAAAUAACCCAGAUAUUUUAGUCAAAAUAGCAAAUACAUACCGUUCAAAAGAUCAGUUUCUUAAGGCUGCUGAAUUGUAUGAACAAGCUCUUAAUUUCCAUGUUGAGAAUGGUGAAACUUGGGGAUUAUUGGGUCAUUGUUACUUGAUGUUGGAUAAUUUGCAAAGAGCUUAUGCUGCUUAUCAACGUGCAUUGUUUUACUUGGAAAACCCUAACGUUCCAAAAUUGUGGCACGGAAUUGGUAUUUUAUAUGACAGAUAUGGCUCAUUAGAAUAUGCUGAAGAAGCCUUUGUGAGAGUUUUGGAUUUGGAUCCAAAUUUCGACAAGGCUAAUGAAAUUUAUUUCCGUUUAGGGAUCAUUUAUAAGCAUCAAGGUAAACUACAACCAGCAUUAGAAUGUUUCCAAUACAUUUUGAAUAAUCCACCACACCCAUUAACUCAACCAGAUGUUUGGUUUCAAAUUGGUUCAGUGUAUGAACAACAAAAGGAUUGGAAUGGUGCUAAGGAUGCUUAUGAAAAAGUGUUACAGAUUAAUCCUCAUCACGCUAAAGUUUUGCAACAAUUGGGAUGUCUUUAUUCCCAAGCAGAAUCAAAUCCAUCAACACCAGCUAAUGGUGCUGCACCACCACAUAAGCCAUUCCAACAAGAUUUGACCAUUGCUUUAAAAUAUUUGAAACAAUCUUUGGAAGUUGAUCAAAGUGAUGCUCAUUCAUGGUACUAUUUGGGUAGAGUAGAAAUGAUUAGAGGUGAUUUCACUGCUGCUUAUGAAGCUUUCCAACAAGCUGUCAAUCGAGAUGCAAGAAACCCAACUUUCUGGUGUUCAAUUGGUGUUUUGUACUAUCAAAUAAGCCAAUAUCGUGAUGCAUUGGAUGCUUAUACCAGAGCCAUUAGAUUAAAUCCUUAUAUCAGUGAAGUAUGGUAUGAUUUGGGGACUUUGUAUGAGACUUGUAAUAAUCAAAUUAGUGAUGCAUUGGAUGCAUAUAGACAAGCAGAAAGAUUGGAUCCAAAUAAUCCUCAUAUAAAGGCAAGAUUAGAACAAUUGACAAAGUAUCAACAAGAAGGUAAUACUCACCCACCUCAACCACCGCCAAGUUCUCAACAACCUAGAUUACCUCAAGGAAUGGUUUUGGAAAGUACUCAACAACAACAGCAACAACAACCACCACCACCUCCACAACAACAACAACAACAACUUCAACACCAACUGCAACUGCAACCUCAACCACAGCAACCACCUCAAACCCAAUCACAACCACUGUUACUUCAACACCAAUCUUCAUUGCCUCCUCAACAAAUCCAACCAUUACAUCAACAAGCUGCAAAGCCUUUAGUGAAUCAACAACAAAGUCCACCACCACCUCACUUGAUGAACUUGGGACAACCGGGGCAACAACCACAACAAUUGCCACCACAUCUUCCACCACAUACCCAGCAACCUUCUCAAAUUCAAGAAAAGCCUCCAACUCAAGAACAACCACAUUAUCAACCACCUCCACCUCCACAACAUCAACAGCAAUCGCAAUCGCAACCGCAACCUCCACACCAACCUCAACACACUCAAAAUCAACUGCCUCAAUUAGCUCAAUUGCCACCACACCAUUCUAAUCCUCCAGCUAAGCCACAUGGUGCACCUCAACAAAGAACUGGUUUACCGGAUUUAUUACACAACUCUGCUAAUAUCAUAUCAGCUCCAUCACAAGUACCUCAACCACAACAACAAUAUCAACAACCACAUAUUGCACCUGUUAGACAAGAACAAGUUAACCAUGUUCCUUCAAUUUAUCUGGCUCCUAGACCAACUGAGACAACACUUCCUCAAAUCAACAACCCAAAUGAGUCAACCACAACACAAGUUCCACAACUCAAAAAGGAGGAACCUAAACCAGAGGCUACUGUUUCUGCUCCAGUUCCUGAGGCUAUUAAAGUUCAAGAUCAAGUGACAAUCCAGGAGUCAGCACCAGCAGCAGCAGCAGCAGUGUCAGCACCAGCUUCUGCUCCAGUUGGUGAUAUAAAAACAGAUACUGUAUCUACUACUACACCUGCUACUUCAACCACUGCAGAUGCUGUGCCAGUAUCUGUGUCUCAAGUUGGUGAAGCACCAAAUGUUGUUCAAGAGAAGAAAGUUCCGGACACCGAGCAGAUCGUUUCACAAGUUGAAAAACCCGUGGAGUCACAACCAGAAGUUACACCAGCUCCAACACCAGCUCCAGCUCUUGCAACAGCACCAACUGAACCUGCACCUACUGAUAAGGACGUUGUAAUGGCUCCAAGUAAAAGUGCAACACCUGUUCCUCAAAGUAUUGUGGAACAGAACACCAGAGUAUCUGAAGCUACAAAGGCACCAGAAUCCAAUGGUAAACAUGAUUUAGAAGACAAGAAUGAUGAAGAAAAAAUUUUAAAGAGGCCAACUGUUGAAACGACUACUGAAUCUGUACCAGUUAACCAACCUGUUGAGAAAGAAAAUGAAAAAGUUGAGGUACCACCGCCACUGGAACAACCAAGUUCAGAAAAGAGAGAAAAAGAAGUCAACGGAUCAAUUAAGAAACCAUUGGAAAAUGAAAGUAAGGUUGAUAUUCCUCAAUUCUCAUCAAAUAUCACAGCUCAAAAUGAAGAAGCAAAAUCUGGAGAAGAAACUAAAAAAGAUACAACCAAGACAAGUCCAGCAAAACAAGGGGAAGUUAAGGAAGUAAUACCAUCAUCUACAGAAACUGUAUCAAAACCAGAUGUUGAAAAAGACAAUAAAGAGAAAGACAAAGAUGAAGAUGAAGUGAUGGCUGAUGAAGAUGACGUCAAAAAAGAUGAAAAUCCAGAACCUCCAAUGAGAAAGAUUGAAGAAGAUGAAAAUUAUGAUGAUGAAUAG